GGAGCAUCCAAGGAUGUCCUUCCGUAGCCCUGGGCUUGUAUCGUUUGCUGGCCUUUCGUGUGCCUCCGCCGCAAGCUUUUGGCACUCGACAACGCCUCCAUUGCUGCUCUCGUUCGCCAUCUGAGCGCGAUGAGAUUCGACAUGCAUCGAGGAGAACUCGCUUGCGUCUGCGUCUUCACGUCCAUCGUGUCUUCCCACAGAAGACCCUCCGACUCCUUGGACACUCCCUUCACCCGGCUCUCCGCUGACGGAGUCCAGUUCCGGCUGUCCUCGGUCGGUGUGCGAAAUCCAGUGCCGAGCUUGCCACGCGGAUCGGCCGAACGCCCGCAGGGACCUGGAUGGAUGGAGGCGCUGCGCUCGCCUGUGCGCAGCUUGCUGCCCGGGAUGGGCUGCGCUAUACCUGUCUGGGCUGUUGCAGUGAGGAGCUGAACGUGCCUGCUCGGGGGCAUGAGGGACAGAGUGCGUUUUCGGCUUCCGGAUGAAUUUGCAGAGAGCGUCAUGCUGGAACACAAAUCAUUUUCGACUUUCUUUGAGUGAGGAUGGACUGCUUUGGUCGUGGAGGGCGUAUAUCGCCCGUUCACAGCGCAUGGCGACUUGUGUUCGACAAGCUUCAGCCUGCGAUGAAACGUCACCACGCACUACGUCUUCUGCCCGACUCAGGGUGGAUGGAUUCGACUUCAAGUGCGCCCAAAUGCCUGCUCGGUUGGGUAAUAACUGUAGCGUGAAACACGCACGAUGUGCUGUACGAAAGAAAGUAGAGGUUCAUUCGAGUGCUGCUAUCGAAUGUCUUCACUGUCCUCAUCCUUGUUCUCAAACAACUUCGGGUCCGACUUUCGUUGUCAUCGGCGGAAAUCCGAUCCUCAUACUUGCAAUUGGACGAAACAGCCGGUCGCGCCACAUCUGACGUUGUCGGACCGCUGCUUUUUGACCAUGCACGUGCAUGCCCCUCAUGGCGGCUGCAAGACUUGCAUGGAGUAUUCAGGAGGGAUUGGUCAAGCCCGAGAACGUGUGGGGCGGAGGAGGACAGUUGCCGGUGCGCCCGACUACGUUCGACUGCAGUUAGCACCGCUGACGCGGACGUUCCAGCAUGAGCGAACGAGCUUGAAUGACCGACUCGGCCGACUCGAUGUCAUCCGGCCGGCCACCGAUGACCCAAAUGGCCCGAAUUUUCUGGAUCAUGACGUCAUUCUUGCAAAUCAUUUCCUAGUUUUUGACUCCCUAGAUCCGUCCAUCAUGCCAUGCCCAGUCAUAAAAGGAGCUAGCGGUCUUCAUUUCUUCCACUUUUCAUCGUCUCAUCUUCAAGGACACCACAUCACCUAUCCGAAACAUGGCCGAUCGCUCGACUUCUCGUGGACGGGAGCCUGUGACUUCUUCCGGGCGCGGUGGACUGGGCAACAUGCGCCCCUCCUCAAUGUCGCUCGAGCGUCCCACCACAGGUCCUGAUGACUUUUCUGACACCCGUGGCCGCGAGCCUCCCGUCUCCAUUUCGGAAAUCCGCUCCACUGGCCGGGGCGGUGCAGGCAACUUCCGCUCUCCCUCGCGCGAACCACGGGAUAACCGAGACGUCCGUGUCCCUGCUGAGCGCGAAAUCAUCAAGGCGCAUGAAGAGCUGGAGCAGAAUGCGCUGUUCUCAACCGGCCGGGGCGGGGCAGGAAACAUGAGCCGGUCGCGUUCGCGAGGACCCGAGGGUCUAGCUUUCCCGCCCCAUUCCGCUGUCCCUGUAUUGCACUCGAGUGGGCGAGGCGGAGCGGGGAACUUUGCGCCGGGACCGGCGCCAGUUUUUGAGAGAGGACGCGCACCGGUGCCCGAAGGAGUGUGCGUUCCCUACUCUGGCGAUCUUGGUCGCGCGGUGGCUUACGCGAUCUUGCAGGCAUUCGACGGGCCGCGGUGGUCUAGCGAAUCUGCCAACUUCUCCCAGCUCCAGUCCCGCUCGGAGGGCGGUUCGUGCACACCAGGAGCCGGGCGAGUAUCAGCGCUCCGGACGUGGCGGUGCGGGCAACACCCGAGAUCGCAGCUCCAGUGCGGGCCGUGAGCGCAGUGCCAGCAAGGAUCGCCUCGCUGGAUUGUGGAGCAAGAUCUCGCAUUCGCAUCCGGAGACGAUACACGAAGACGGCCAGCCUGGGCCUGGAGGUCUGCUCGGCGGUAUCGGCUACGGCGCAGCCGGUGGAGCGCGCCCUCCGCUGUAACUUCUCGUGGUGCUUGCGGAGCCUGUGAACGACCAUCACAUCCAUAUGACAAAAGUACAUAUGCUCACAUAUCAUACUACAAAAGUACCCUAUAUCUUCGACGUAAACAACCUACCGUUUGCGUAGUCAGUAGCCUAGAGUAGGAUGUAACAUCCCUCGCUCCAGUCAACAUCGCAGGCCUUGAAGAGAAAUGAUAGGGACUGACACUAAGGCACCGAUCGGCAGUCAGACCCAUGUGACUCAGCACGAUUACCUCCUGUCAAUUUUCUCCCCCGCGCCCACUCUCCGUUGCCCGACCUUGGCGUCUUUCUGGUAUUAUCUGGAGCUUCAGAAACCCUCAUUAAGUCGACCUCAACGUCUAAAUUGUCAAUCGUGGAGGCACCACCUUCAAAAUCGAUGCCAGCUCAUCAAACUCGCUUUCGCGCCUACGCCCAUCCACGCACUAUCCGCAAGCCGGAGCGUCAGAGGAGAGCGCGUUUACGACUCUACUGGGAUCUGAAAAACUGCAUAAUAGCAUUUUCUGGCCGACCUCUUUCGCCCACUCUUCAUUCGAGUUCGUGGGGGUCAUCUACUUCCCGAUGCUUAUCAGUCCUUGGAACCUCCAGCGUCAAACUCUAGCGCGUCUCUUGAGCCUCAUAGGCUACAAAGACACUCUGAAUAAAUGCUGAAUUUGCUUGGUUUCGCAACCUAGAUGACGGGAUCUGACCACAUCUCAGCUUUGGAGUGUACUGGAAUACGUGGCCCAUGCACUUCCGGAGGACCGAUCGUUCUUGGAAUUCUCACUCUCAAGCUCUUAGGCGUCCUUGGAGUCAUACACGCUAUCGGUCUCCCUCAAACACCCUCUGAGUGACGAUCUUUCCGACUUUCCUUGUUAGGCCCGACUUUGUCUUAUCUCUCGCGCAAACUGCAUGCCUGCCCCGAAGCUGCUUGACAUGAAGAUUCUACUUGGCUGUGAUCGGUGGUGCUACUCUCGAUAGUAACUGACAUCGUCGCUCCUUGUCCUGCCAAGGUACACAAAAGGCAAAAGACGGAUGGUCAAAGCGCACGGGCCACUCGAGGGUCCGCUCAAUCGAUCGCGAUGGCCGGCCACCGCUCAUUGGUCGUCCAUAUUGGAUUGCCGUUGAUGCGUAGUCCGAGGGAUCCUCGGGGCUAGGGGGAACGUCAAUUUCGCAAAGCCCGUGCGCUUGGAUGAGGACGGGGCCGGCUACUGUCAAAAUCUGGCCAGAAAUGUGCACCGAUCGUGCAGGGAACAUUCAUAAGUGUGAUGCUCCCCGCUUCAGUGAAAGAAAGAGCGGACCCGUGGUCAAAGUCCAGCGUUGUCGACCCUCUGCUUUGACGAAUCGACCUCGACCGCCGUCAAGAUCCGGACGCUUGCAGUGACUCUCCAACGCCCGGAACAUUCAUAACUAGGAAUGUCACGCUCUCUGAAAGAACGACCGCUGCCCUAGCAAUGCACGACCGCUGGGCUUUCUGUGCUUUGACGCGGUCUGUAAUCCUUCAAAUGCCGAACGGGCCUGAAGCCUUAUUCCCCCUACUGCAGCCCAGCACAGCAAGCCUCCUCCGUGACAUAUCACGCUUUUCCAUUGACAUUCCGGGCGGAGUUCGGCGACGCAAUCAGUCCUGCAGCUGUUUGCGCCUAUUUGAGCGACCACUCUCAACCCCAGAUUGCUUCACUGCUCACCCUCACGAUCUUCUCUACCACUUCUGUCCUCUCAUCGUCACAGCCUACGCCAUGCAGCCCAUUCCACAAUACAACACCCCGGCGUCGAGCGGCUGGCCCGCCGAAUCCUACCCUGUCCUGCCAAAUGCUGGCGGACAGUACCAGGACGGGAUGCACCUUGCAUCAUUCAAUCCCUACCCUUCUUACGACAAUGGCGCGCUCGACCAGCAGCAGAACAUCGGAAACGAUGGGACCCAGCCAUCGGCCUUCCCCUACACCCCUUCGGUCCCCGGCAGCUUCAGCGAGGCCUGCCAGGGGCCCAUGCCCUCUCACGACGAGCAUCAACCGUCGGACGAGAACACCUGGAACUUUCCCCAGCUCAACGGGCUCGCAGGUUAUCCUCUGGAUAACGCGUCCCUGGUGGGUGCUCCGCGAGACUACCAUGGCACCGGGCCCUCGACCUCCCUGAUCGCUGAUGCCUCUGCGUUCCCUAUCGACUUCCAGCCUCCAGCGCUUCCUGCAACCCAUCAGACUGCCUACCCGACCGAGGUACCGGGAUCAUUCAACCCCUUCGACUCGGAUCAAGUCCACGCUCAAGGAAUCGAAGGAUCCCUGCACCUGGGUGCUAGCUCGUUUGCCCAACUUCCCGCUGCCGACACAUCUAACACAGCCACCAUCGGGCCGAACGAGGCCUACUCGUUGACGUAUCUUCUCGGCGACACGGGCACGACGCUGGAUGAUAAUAGCAUCUGGCCCGCGUCCAACAUUCAACUGACAGGAGCAUCAAUCAGCUCCCACCACAUUCCUUCCACCACCGCCUCCAGCUCGCGGAUUCAAACCUCCGCUCCCGUUCCUUACUACCAUAUGGCUGCUCCGCGGGCCGACCGUCACAUGCAGUCCCCGUACUCAUUGAGUCCUCCCAGGACCCCGAUGGCUGGGAUGCCCAACAUGUCGCAUGCCAGACGCCUUGCUGUUCCCGGCCCUACUCCUCACAUCCUUUCGGCCUCGGCCCCCCACACUCCUUUCUUGUCUGGCUUGCCACUCGCCUCUACGAGCGCGUCAUUCCCGGCUGGCGAUCUGGGCAACUAUCCCUUCGCCAAUCAAUACCCUCAGGCAAACCCCCUUCAGCAAUCGACCACUGGAGCUCUUGCCAAUGCGCCUCCGCCGUCUGCUGCCGAUACCUGGUUCUCGCCACCGCUGGAGCCGGUCAUCGGGCCCCGACGGACGCGUGCCGGGGUUGCAAAGGCCCUGCUUCGAUCACAGAAGGCGAGCAGCAGCAGGAAGAGCAAGAUGAACGCGGCCAUGGCUGCCCAGACUGCGAUCGCGGCCGAGGCUGUCGAAGGUCAGGUCCAGCAGCCUGUCGAGAUGGUCCACUGCACGAUGCACAUGGGAAGGGGAAAAGCGAUCUGCAAUCAGACUGUGGAGGUCCCGAAGCUACCGAACCACAUCCGCGAACACCUGCUCGCGCACGUCGGCCCCGUUGCGAUCCUGCACGACGCGAACCCGGAGCGGCUGCACUGCUCGAAGAAUCUGAUCAAGAGGGCGGACCUGGGCCUCACGUGUUUCUGGCCUGACUGCAAACACGAGUUCACGACUGUGCACCUGAACGACUACACCCGCCAUGUCGCGGACGUGCACUUUACGCUGCAGAAGAGCUGCAAGGCCUGCGGACAUUAUUUCACGCGGUCGACGCUCGCGCACCAUAGACGCCAGGGGGUCUGCUCGGCUCUGCAGCUGAGAAACCAGGAGGCCGGCCGACCGCGCGACGAGGCGGAUGUUUGAAUUUACCGUUUAUGACCUCUCAAGACUUAUGCAUUAUGACUUACUGACCUAUCUGCGAUACACCCCUAUUCCAUACCAUCCCGCGCGACACCUCAUAUCUACUCAUCCGGUGCCUGUAUCCGUAGCCCCUCUCAUUCCAUGUCUACAAUAAAUGUUUGUAUAGUUAAUCCUGUGUGUGAACUCUA